CACCAACAACAUCACCGUGGAAGCCAUCGCCACCACCGCCGUAAACAACACCACCACCAUGGAAGCCAGCGCCUCCACCACCAUGAACAAUGCCACCACCAACACCGUGGAAGCCAGCACCAGCAACACAACCACCGCCGCCGAGAAGAACGGCACCAACAACACCAUUGUCGAGGACACCACCAGCAGCGCCAGCAACACCACCAUCACCGCCGAGAAGAACGGCGCCAACGACACCAUCAUCGAGAACAACACCACCGGGAAUGUCAAUGACGAAGCGGACCUGAAGAAGAACGUGGCGCUGAGCCACAUCGAGCGGCACCGGCUGGCCGGGGUUGUCCACUUCGCCGCCGCCUCUGCCAUAUACGACCUCGAGUUCUUUGAAGAGCUCAGGCAGACUCGGGGCGUUGCAGCAUGGCCAACGGCAACUGUGUCAUCAGCAGAGCAGAGAGUAACAGUGCAAGGACCAACCUGCAACUCAUCACAGAUAACAGGCUGGUACUCCAAGGACUCGGGCACCAAUGAGACACAUAGAGAGUCUGUUGCUGCUGCACAAGAUACAGGUGCAAUCCACAACAUCUCCAGUUCACCUCCUGCAAUAGAGACAUCUGGACUUGGGUUCAGGAGCUCAAUACUGUGGGAAUCAGAAUGGUUCGUCAACAGCAACAGCUCUCAGGACUUCAUCCAGCUUGUACGAGAAAUGGCGGUCGGCGACGGGGACGAGCGGAAGGGCAUCCCUUCUAACUGCUCCGAGUCACGGAUAAUGCUGUGGCACCUUGACAUGCCAAAGCACACUCCAGAAGUUGAAGAACAGGAGACUCCACAGGAGCAAAGUCCAUUGGAGGAAGACGAAGAGGACUAUAUGACUUGAUA